AUGGAGAAGUGCUACGGUGAGAUGGAGUGCCACGGUAUGACGGAGGAGUGCCACGGUAUGACGGGGGAAGGACACAGUAUGAUGGAAGAGUGCCACGGUAUGACGGAGGAGUGCCACGGUAUGACGGAGGAGAGUCAUGGUACGACGGAGAAGUGCUACGGUGUGAUGGAGGAGUGCCACGGUAUGGCGGAGAAGUGCUACGGUAUGACGGAGGCGAGCUACGGUGUGAUGCAGGAGUGCCGCGGUAUGACGGAGGAGUGCCACGGUAUGACGGGGGAAGGACGCAGUAUGAUGGAAGAGUGCCACGGUAUGACGGAGGAGCGCCACGGUAUGACGGAGGAGUGCCACGGUAUGACGGAGGAGCGCCAUGGUGGGCAGAGCCAGAUGAGACGUCGUUCGGCGGGCGUCACCGGAUGA